AUUAAAUCAGCUCGAUCUCUAGCUUUGCGUUGUAAAGUUGCAAUGACUGCGAUCGAAGUUGUACCAACCCUUGAUGAGCUUUCGCUCGUUGAUGUGCGUGGACAGCAGUGCAUGCCAGGUGUCGAAACCAACUUGGGUGAAUUGCUCUUGACGGCUGCAGAAACAACACCAGACAAUGUGUGUUUGGAAGUUGAAGCCGAAAGUUACACUUUUGCCCAGGUCGCUCGUAUGGCCAGUUCCAUCCGCAAAGUUCUUCGCAAAGCUUUGGCUUCGCUGGACCUCCCCAGUUCCUCAAAUGAGACUCCAGACGCUCACCAACGUCGAGCAGACGAGCAUGUGGUGACCAUUGUGCUUGACAGAGGUGUCAAAAGCAUCGCAGCAGUACAUGCCGUGAUGCUCGAAAGGUGUGCGUACAACGCAUUUGAUGUCGGAGAGCCAGUGGAAAAGCUUCGAAGUUGGGUGGAAGUCUCUCGCCCCCCAGUCAUGAUUUCCAAUGCCGCUGUGUUAAAGCGCCUUGGUCUGACAGACAUUGCUGCGACUUUGGGAGACUUUCCUCGUAUUGUGCUGGAUGUGGACUUGGCUUUGAAGAAGGCAGACAGCGCCAACAUGCCAUGCACUGCUAAGCACGAUCAGGAUGACCUUGACAGAUUAGCCUACCUCAUUUUCACCAGUGGAUCUACUGGCAAGCCCAAGGCCGUGAUGAUCCGUCACAAGUCAGCCUUGAACGUGGUGCGCAUUUGGGGGAGGUAUGUUGGUCUUGGUCCUCAUGAUCGAUUUGCUCAGGUUGCUUCCAUGUCAUGGGAUGUGCACAUCAUUGAAGUCUAUGGCACAAUGUCAGCAAGAGCAACCAGUGUGACAUGCCCUGACAUGAUCAAAAAGUCUGGUCCUGACAUGCAGCUGUGGCUGAAGGAUCGAGAAAUCACUGGAAUGAGCGUGGUGCCAUCGCACCUGCGCACCAUGUCUGGUGGUGGAGCAGAUGUCUCAAGAACUCCCAGCGGACUUCCGCAUCUUCGAAUCCUGGACGUGGGAGGAGAGGCCUUGGGGGCAGAUGUGGUAUCGACUUGGGCCCCGGGUCGCCGCCUCUUCAACAGCUACGGACCCUCAGAAAUUUCAGUGGUCUGCACAGGUGCUUAUGUGAAUCCAGGUGACAUCAUUACGAUUGGCGCUGAACUGCCCACCUACACUUGCUACAUCUUGGACCCUGAGACACUUGACAUCAAGCCCGAUGGCGAGAGAGGUGUUUUGUUCGUGGGAGGGAUUGGUUUGGCUCGUGGCUACCUUGAAGAAGAAGAGAAGACCAAGGCCAAAUUCAUCGAGUUGCAAGGCAUUGGCCGUGUCUACAACACGGGAGAUCUGGCUUCGCGCGAUGAAUUGGGUCGGAUCCACUACCAUGGUCGAGUGGAUUGGCAGGUGAAAGUGCGUGGCAUUCGGAUUGAGUUGGAAGCCUUGGAGCAAGCCAUCGUAGAGUUGCCCACGGUGAAGCAUUGCGAGGCCCGUGUUCUGGACAAUGGCCAGCGCUUGGUUCUCUUGGCUUCUGGCCAGGAUGUUUCAGAGGCAGAACUGAAGCUGACAGCUGCAGCGCUGGGGCGUGGCUACGUUCUGAGCCAAGUGAAGAUUGUGGAGAAUGAGGCGUGGAAGUUCAAUGCUUCUGGGAAGCUCCUGCGCAAUGUGGUUGCCUUGGAUGAGGAGAACUUGGAAGCUCCCAAGAAGGAUGGUUGGGAAGCCUUCGACAAGACCGGAGUGCCGGAUUUGGAGCUGGAAAUCGCAGCAUGUCUAGCUCCACAGUUGAGUGUUGAUGAGUGGAACCGAGAUUCGCAUUUCAUGGAGGAUCUUGGUGUUGACUCUGGAGGCUUUGGACGGCUGAUCUCCCAAAUGAGAUCCAAGCCCAGCUUGCAGAAGAUCGAUCUGCAGAUGCUCUUUGAACAUCCCACUGUUCGAUCCUUGGCAGCUUGCCUUUCUGAGCAGUCUGCAGACUCUGAUUCAGAGGAAGAAGUGAUUCUAGAAACGAACACUUUGCUGGAUUCCUUCCUUGAGGUCGUGAAGGAACACCCACAUGCCAUUUGCCUGGAGGUGAACCAACAGUCCAUGAGCUACUUGCAGCUGCAGCGGCAGAUGAUGGCAUAUCAACGUCUGCUGCAUCAAGCAAAACCCUCCAAGGGUAGCACCGUGGCCAUUUUCCUUGACUCCAUGGACCAGAUGGGUGCCAUGUUGGGAGUUCUCCGUGAAGGAUGUGUCUUCAGCCUUCUCGGAGAGGACUUUGCUGAACAGAUCAGGGCUUUGAAGCCUGAUUUCAUUUUGGCACGCUCAGAUGAAAAGACCUGGGCGCAGCUUGCGGAGAUCUGUGAUUCUUCCAGUUCUUCCCAUUCUUCCAAUGGAAAGUGCAGGCUGGUCGACGUGAGUUCUGUGAACUCCCUACUUUCACAGCCUCCCAAGGCAAGAAGAGUAGUGCAAGCUGACGACGUGUGCUGCGUUGCUGUGGAGGUUCAUGGAGGAGUGCGAAGUGCAGUGCCUGCAUCGCACACGACCAUGUUGCAGGCACUCUCUGCUUGGCAUCCCCAUGUGCAAGGAGCACGCAUUUCCAACAUGACCAAGACAGGCACUGCAGGUGAUUUCCUAAGCACUUGGAGCAUUUUCUUUGCAGCGGCUGCACUCGUGGUCUGCGAUCCUGAGCAAGUGCCACAGGUUCGAACUGAGCUGCUGAUCUGUGAGCACGAUAGCAUUCCAGGCCGUGUUGCCAGACAGGCCAAGGUCUUACAGCUUCCAGCAGAGGGUGGUUUCACGAAACUUCCUGAGGCCUUGCCCAAGUUUGGUCGUGCUGGCAGUGCGGAAAGCUUUCGUUCAAGAUUUCUUCGAUCUUCAUCCUUGCUGUCGUUGGCGUCAUCUUUGGCUCCCUAUGUCCUUGGACAAAGCAAAGCAGAGGAAACCAAGAGCUUUGGGGAACACAGCUGGCCCAAGUUAUGUGGCGCAGUACAAGGCUUGGCCAUUUUGGGGCAGCCUGUCUUUGUGGCAGCUCGCCUGUUGCUGGCUGAAAGGGUGAUGCUGCCACUGGCCUUCAUCCUACCUUUGUGGCAAAUCUUCCUUUUGCUUGUGGCCGUUCUGACGAUGGAGCAGUUCGUUCGGGUGUUCAUCCUGGUUGCUGUGAAGUGGGUGCUGAUUGGUCGCUACAAGGAAGGUGAUCACGACAUUUACAGCUUGUUCUAUCUGCGUCACUGGUUGGUGGAACACAUGGCAAAAGGUACCCUUGUUGGGCAAAACGCACAUCAGGGAAGCAGCAUCGCUUUCCUGUUUUUGCGCAACCUCGCCUUGAGGGCUCUUGGUGCUGAUGUUCGAUUGACUUCCGUAGUGACUGCUCGUGUGGUGGCCUAUGACCUCGUUUCAGUGGGCGACAUGGCAACAGUUCAUGGUCCUCGACAUUUGACAGCUGUGAACUAUGGCAGCAGGCGCAUGGUUCUGAAGGCUGUGAAGGUUGGUGCCGGUGCCUAUGUGGGCCCCAACUGUACCUUGGAACCUGGCUGUGAGAUUGCUCCUGCUGGCUAUGUGGAACCCUUGUCAGCUGUUCCUUCCGACAUGGUGGUGGACAGCCGAGUUUGUGGCGUUCCAGCACAAGUGGUGGGCCCGAAAGACUUGAGUCGGUUGCCGGAAGCUGCAGAAGUUCGCAGCUUUCGAACUCGUGCUGCCUGGUUUGCCAUGGGAUAUUGGAUGCUGCUCAUCCCCAAAGCUUUGAUGCCCUUCAUCGGAGUCAUUGCUUUCCAACUGCUGAGUUUGUAUCCUUGGGAUCAUCAGGAGGUUGUGAAAGAAAAGCACAUGUAUCCGGAACAUGUGGACGUGCUGCCCACCGAACUGUUGGACCAGCUCAAAUGGAUUCCACUCAUUGCCUUUGGAGUUUCCAUGUUGAACACGGUGCUACAGCUUGGGGGAACCGCCGUACUCUGCCGGGUCCUGCCGAAAGUGAAGCCGCCUUGCACAUACUCGUUGCUGAGCAUCAGGGCACAAAUUGCAGCCUUGAAGAUGUCCAUGGUGCUGCAGGCUUCAGAAAUGCUGGCGGAUGCUUCCAUUGUGCCUGCGUUUAUUCGGAUGUGUGGUGCCACCUUUGGACACGGAUGUGCCAUGGGCUUGCAGGUGACGCUUCCUGAGACGUUGGUGGUGGGCAAAGGUUGCUUUUUUGCGACAGGCAACAUCCUGACCAGCGUGGAUGUGGACCAGGGAAAGUUCAACGUGCCUUGCAUCACCUACAUGAGUGAUCACACCUUCCUUGGAAAUCACAACCACUUGCCGGAGGGUCUGCCCGAGGGCAGCUUCUGCGGUGUCGGUACUUGGCUUCCGAAGAGGCCCACUGAGCCCAACAUGAGCUACUUUGGCAAUCCUGCCAUGAAGUUCCGUCGACUGAGCAAUCAGGCUGCAGGCAAAGUGAAUCAGGGUCCCGAACCUGCCAGCUGCUUGGCACGUUUCUGGCAUCAUUUUAGCACCAGCAUCUUGGAUGUCUUCCUCUACCGUGGUGUGCAAGGAAGUGUCACGGCUUGUGCCAUGCUGACCAGCCGUCUCCUGUUUCCGAUGAUCACUGCCACUUGGGAGAUUUUCGCACUGCUCUUGGUGUACAUCGCAUUUGCCCUGGUAUCUUGGUACCUCUUCUCAGUUGUCCUGGGCAACCUGUUGUUCCAUGGAUCCACUCCCCACAGCAAUGCGUACUACUCCACGACAGUCACACGUUGGUUCACAGCACUGACGGCCCAGCAACGAGUCUUCAAACUGCCGUUCCAAACGGCUGGCACCAGCUGGCAAGCUCCUGUCUUGCGACUACUUGGAGCACGUGUGGGCAAGCGCUUUUUCUGCAUGAACGAGCUGGUGCUGGUGGAUGCUCCGUUCACGGAAAUCGGUGAUGACGUGACCGUGGACUAUGAUGGACAGGUGAGAUGUCAUUCCUUCGAAGACUUUCGCUUGAAGUUCACCCACUACUCUGUAGGCAACCGGGUGACCAUCAUGUCAGGUGCCAGUGUGGCAAUGUGUCAUGCUGGAGAUGGUGCCGUGUUGCGUCCAGGAAGUCUCAGUUGGAAGGGUAGUAACUUGGAGCCUGGCACUGUGUAUGAGGGUGCUCCUGCUGCAGCAGUGGAUGAUCUUGAGAGGGGUGUGGCUGGUGCUGGUCCUACCCUUCUGCAAGGCAAAGCCAAGCUGCCAGUGGUGAAGAAGUGAGAUCAGAGUGAGAGAGUGAGAUCAAGUUGGAGCAUAGUCUGCAUCUUCUUACCGUGUAAGAGGGAUAAAUUUGGUUUUAAAUUUGACAUGCAUGAACGACAUCCUUUUCGAAGCUAGCUGGCACAUUGUAUAGGCACACUGACAGGCAUUGCCAAUUGCCAGGCUUCAAUUUUGCUGAGUCAGAAGGACUCUACAGCGCCUUGUGCGUUUUCAUCUCUUGUGGCAUCAACGCCCUCGCAAUCCCUGAUUUUGUUUCAAGAGACGUUGUACAGCCUGACGUCUAGGUUGAGCGAUGCAUGAUGCCGAGCAGAGACUUCUGCAGUAUCGGGAAAGGAAAAAGGAAUAUGGUUAUAUAAGGAAGCAACAUGAAGCAACGAUGCUUGAAAAAAUGGCGGAAAAUGC